AUGCACCUGACAAGGAACGUCAAGGACAAGGUGUUAUACAUUGGUGGACUUUUCGACAUCUGGGGGUCUAGAGCCGCCUGGCUAGGGAAGAGUGAACUUACGGCAGCCGAAGCAGCAAUACGAAACAUAAACGAAUUAAAAUUCCUGGAUGGAUUUAGUUUGCAACUUCUGGAGAAUGACACACAGUGCGAUCCCGGGGUUGGAACAGAUGCCUUCUACGAUCUGAUUUACAGACGUCCUAGAAUACUCAUGGUGAUUGGCAGCGCGUGCUCGGAGGUCACCGAAACUCUUGCUGAAAUUGUGCCUUAUUGGAACCUCAUUCUUGUGUCCUAUGCAUCUACGUCACCCGCACUAAGUGAGAGAGAGAAAUACAAAACGUUCUUUCGGCUGGCGCCAACAGACGCCGCAAACAACCCUGCACGCGCACUCUUCUUACAGCACUUCCGAUGGAAUGUUGUGGCAACUGUUUAUGAAAACAAGGAGGAGUUCUAUUUGGCAAUGGCAGAACUUACACCCUUUCUGGAACAACACAACAUAUCGGUGAAGGUCACCGAAUCUUUUGGAACAAAGAAAGGAGAGAUCACAACGAAAAUGAAAUCACUAAAGGAUUCGGACGCAAGGAUAAUUAUAGGCGCGUUCUCUGAGCCUGCUGCGAGGCAAGUGUUGUGUGAGGCCCAUCGAUUGGAAAUGUACGGUGCCCGAUACGUGUGGCUGAUAAUAGGCGACUUUGUAGAAAAAUGGUGGACAAUGGCUAACGAUACAGACUGUUCACAGGAGGAUCUACGUUCUGUCGCGGAAGGAUACUUUACAGUGGCCAGUUUCAAUACAUUUAAUUAUGGAAAGGGAAUGUCUGUAGCAAAUAUUACCUUUGAUGAUUUUCAAAGAGACUAUCUGUCGUUGAAUGGCACUACGCCAAUGAGUCCCUAUGCAACAAGCGCCUAUGAUACGGUGUGGACAGUGGCCUUGACCCUCCGAAAACUUUUAAGGAAAUCGAACCACUUGCUGGAUACUGUGCCUUAUGGCGAUGCCGGCGACAUGGUUACCGAAAUGAUGAGAACAGUCGAGGGACUCACCUUUGAUGGUUUAUCAGGACCUGUUUCAUUCCAAGGACCUGACCGAAGGGGACUGGCGGUGGUUAAACAAAACCAAGGUGGGCACAUGGUGACUGUUGCCAUGUACGAGUUCGACAAGGAAAUAUUAAACUUCCGGUGCCCUGACUGUGUUGAUGUGCACUGGUCAGAUGGAAAAGUACCCAAGGACAAAAUAUUAAUCGUCAUGCAUAGGAAAGUGAUAGAAGACAGUGUGUUCUACGUCAUCACUUCUUGGUGUGUCGUUGGAAUUAUUGCGGCAACGUGCUUUUUGUGUUUUAACCUCUGUAAACGGAAAUCGAGGUACAUAAAAUUGUCAAGCCCCACACUAAACAAUGUGGCGGUAGGGGGCUGUAUCUUGGUGUAUGGCGGGGUCAUGCUUCUGGGAUUUGACGACCGUAGAAUCAAAGAAGAGCAGUACCCACUCUUUUGUACAACCAGAGCUUUCUUUUUUGCCGCCGGGUUUUCCUUGGCUUUCGGCUCAAUGUUCACCAAAACGUAUCGCGUCCAUCAAAUUUUCACACGAGUGAACAGGGGUCUCAUCAAGAACAAGCUCCUGAAGGACAAACAACUGUUGUUUAUAAUCGGUGCUCUACUAGUGAUCGACUCUACUAUCCUGCUAGUGUGGGUUUGUGUGGAUCCAAUGCAAAGACAGAUCGCCAACCUGACAGUGGGGCCUUCUGACAACGAUAUAGAUGUCUGGUAUAUAUCCCAGAUCUCAACAUGUCAUUCAAACCACAUACAGAAAUGGCUUGGUGCUUUCUACGCUUUCAAAGGACUUCUCCUCGUCUUUGGCGUAUACAUGGCAUGGGAAACGCGCAACGUGAAAAUUCCCGUGCUGAAUGAUUCCCAGUAUAUCGGCCUAAACGUUUACAAUGUUGUGCUGAUGAGCAGUAUCGUUGUGGUGCUCUCGAACAUCCUCUCAGAUCAGCCAACUAUGGCCUACAUCCUGGAAUCCGCCUUUGUCCUCCUGUCCACCUCCGUGACACUCUGUCUGCUCUUCGUACCUAAGAUCUACGCCAUAUUGACGUGUAAGGGCGACCCGGUGGUAGUAGCAUCAGGAAUAGUUGUGGAGGACAAAACGAGACGUUUCGUGGUGGAUGAGAAGAGAGACCUGUAUUACAGAGCUGAGGUACAGAACCGAGUAUAUAAACGGGAAAUCGUGGAGUUGGACCAGGAGAUAUGUAGACUAGAACGUAUGUUGGAGCUGCCUCUCCAGCCGUUCCCGAAGCUAACGGAUGAAAUUCUUCAUCUGCUGCCGGAAUCUCGCGUGGAUCCAUCACCUGUCAUCAGACGCCGCAGAUUACAGGAACUAGAAAGAUGCAAUUCUAUAUCUGAUGGAGGAGAAGUUUGUUUUGGACUUUCUUCUGAAACCUCUGGUGACGAUUUUGUAUUUCCGGUACAGAACUCGCUUCAUCCAAAUUAUUCCAAACCCAUGAGAAGGAUGAGUAUUCGGGAGGCAGCAUCGGCGACGGCCAAAAAACUUUCGGAAUUACGACGAAGUUUAAGUUUUAGAGCACCGCCCCGAAAAAGGGGUUUCCCAGCUAGGGAAAUGUCAAGAGACACGCAUGCGUCCAAAAGCGAGUUUUCAUUGAGACAUUACUUUCAGGAUGUUGAUGAUGACACUGAUGAAGUUUUCUGUAAUACAGACAUGUCAUUGACGAGUAGGAAGUGGAAUACAGAUUCAACCAUUUUUGAACGUUCCUGGGAGUGCCAAACUACCAGGAAAGCAAGUCGAAUGGACGAUUCUAGACCAGAUAGCAAAAAAUAUCGACGAAAAUCAAAUGUGUUUGAUCUUCAAGUGAAAAUAACUCCAUGCUCUGAUGAUGAAAGCUCCGUUGAAAAUACUGCUUUUUGUGAAAAUAAGAAAAGUAAUAGCAUUAAGGUGUGUAAGUCGAAGGAUAAAUAUCGGGAAAACAGCAUAAAGCCAUGCAGAUCUACUGGUGAUAUGAGUUAUCUCCCCCUUUGUCGUGUGACUGAUGUUGACACUAACAGAGAGGGCAAAACAGUAUCAAAACUUCAAAAUAUUGAACAUUUGAUCGCCAGGGAGAGGCGUCGGCGCAUAAUCAAAUUACAAAGUGACCUUGUAAAAAUACAGCAUGAGCUCAAGGCUCUCAGCGAUUUAGAAUAUGAAGUAUCAGAUGUAUGA